GUCAAUAUUAAAGAUAUCAAGAUUAUAUUUUAUAUUUGUAUGUAUAUGUGCAGUAUGUGUGUGUUAACUUACUGAGAAGCCAGCAUAAGCAAUAUGCUUAGCACUGCAUUGCUGAUCCUCAAAAUCAACCCUAACAUUGGUGGAACCUGAUGAGUCAAUGCAGCAGCUCAGUCUGGUGGCGUGACUAAAAUGAGAAGCAUGCAGUUCAUGGUAACACUGUACAAUAUGGGUUGUAUUGGUUAACAUUAGUUAAUGCAUAAGCUAAUAACCUAUCAUCUAUAGCAUUUAUUCAUUGUAUGGUUCAUGUUAAUUGCAGCAUUUACUAAUACAUUAAUCAAAAGUUAAACAUUAGUUUUUCAGGUUAACCAGAUGUACUGUAUAUAAAUAUAUUUUUAUUUUUUCAAAGGUUAAAGUUAGAAUAGAUAAAUCUGGAAUGGAAAACAUGCAAAUAGCUUAUGAGAGACGUGUAUGUGCAAAUCUUUAUCAUCUGAUUGAUUUUUUCUGAUACCUGAUACUGAAGAAAGCUUGCUCUCUUUGCAAGGCACGUUUCACUAGAUCUCUCUAGGGUCAUCCAACAUGUUGCUCAGCAACACUUUUAUUUAUUUAUAGGCAACAUAAAUGUUCAAGCUGAAUGCACAUUCUGAGCUCAAUACUGUAGCAGUGAAAAACAUACUGACACAUAGUUAAAUCUGAGAUUUACCCAUAUAAAAACAGGGCUUAUGCAAAAUAGCUUUCCCUAUAAUAUAGAUGGGUGUGGCGUAUGUGCUCCAAAUCACCUGUGGCAUGCAAAUAUUGUCAUUUAGUACCUGCACCUGUGAAGAGAUAAGAGGCUAAUUUUAAUUUUAAACGCUGCGUUGGCAAAACCAGGACGUAAUGGUGAUUCGAGGAAAAAACGAUUUAAUUUGUUUAAUUCAUUUACUGAUUUCAGGAGAGCACAAAAGUCAGGAUGAAAAAACAUUGGGGAUCUCGGAGGACUGGUGAAGAAAGGAUGUUAUGGGAACUGCCGGGGAGAAAAUUCCAGAUAAGUGAUAGGGUUAUCUGAAACCAUCAGGAAAAAACUGAACUUCAUAAUUUAAAGUCCAUGGCACGCUCAAGAUGCAAUGGAAAGAUCUUAUGCCUGUGUCUCUUGCCUUGUGUGAUGGUAAGCCACCUGUUGGUUUACAUCAUGGUGUCCAUAUUUGUUGCCGUCUCCUACACCCCUCCUGUUCCACAGCUGCCACUUCAUUUCAUCGCCACUGGAGCCUCUGACAGCUCGGAAGAUCUAGCAUCCCAUCCAAUUAACCCCUUCUGGAACCUCCAACCAGAAGAAGGGGCACUGUGGAACCGCCUCCAACACAUUUGGGACAGAGAGCACAAUCCUAUACUGAGAGUUAACGUGACAAGGCCCAUAAGUCCGAGAUUUGGCACGGUACAUACCCAAGAAACUAAGAAAAUGUCUGUUUGUGGACAGGAUGAGAUGUGGGCAUCACACUUGCAUGACUUUAAUAACCUACCUGAGCAAAUGAAGGAUUUUGUCCUGUCCAUGCACUGCAGGCAUUAUCCAAUCCUACUAAAUCAACCUGAACUGUGUGCCGGGGAGGACAUUUCAACAGAGACUCCUUUUCUCCUAAUGGCGAUUAAGUCUCAAGUCGGAAACUUUGAGAACAGGCAGGCCAUAAGAGAAACAUGGGGGCGGAGCGGAUGGAUCCAAGGAGACGGUGGAGGAAGAGUCUGGUUCGUACGCACCAUCUUCUUGCUCGCAAGGCAAGACACAGAGACGGGCCCUCACCCGGACUUGGGUGCCCUGCUGGAGUUGGAGAGCAGGAAUCACGAGGACAUCCUACAGUGGGAUUUCAGAGAUACUUUCUUCAAUUUAACCCUGAAGGACAUCCUUUUCUGGGACUGGCUUUCAAUGCAUUGUCCUCAUGCUCACUUUAUUUUUAAAGGAGAUGAUGAUGUGUUUGUCAGGACGAGAGCUCUACUGGACUAUCUAAACCAACAUGAAGAUACAAUACAAAAGACAGACCGAAACAAAACAAAGCAAUCGGAUGAUUUCGUUAUGGGGGACGUUAUCGCCAAUGCCUGGCCAAAUCGGCAACCUGGUACUAAAUAUUACAUACCUGAAAGCUUCUAUAAGGGAACGUACCCAGCAUAUGCAGGAGGUGGGGGCGUGGUUUACACCGGGUCUUUGGCCAUGCGUUUACGGGAAGUUUCUCGGUGGGUGAGCCUGUUUCCUAUUGAUGAUGUUUACUUGGGGAUGUGCCUUCACAGACUCAGAGUGUCUCCCACUCAUCAUUCUGGUUUCCUCACCUUUGACCUUCCGGAGGACCAGCGAGAAAAGCCAUGCGCGUAUCAUAAUGUUCUCCUAGUGCAUAAACGCUCCCCGAAAGAAAUGCUAACAUUGUGGAGGGAGCUACGAGUUCCACCGCAGGGGUGCUAAUAUAGGAUGUCAAGUACUGAUAUGGAAAGACAAUUUGUUUACCACAAUGUAUUUUAUGCAGAUUGGGCAUGUGUAUUUGCAUAAAAAGUUUUAAUGUUAUGUAUAAAGAAUUUUCAUUAUGAAAGGAUCAAAAUAUGAAAGCAUGACAGUAAAUAAGCUAAAUACAUUUUCCAUGGGAAUAAAGCCACAGUCACACUAGACUUUCAGCCUGUAAUAUGAAGACACCUGCAUAUGGGCAGCAACCAGACAUAUCAGAUCAGAUCAAGUGCUAAAGUGUUUAUUUUAUUACACCCCUGCUGAAAAAAACGCAUCAAACCAGCAUGGACCAGCAUGGGAAUUAUGCUGGUCUAUGCUGGUUUAGCUGGUGGUCACAGCAUACCAGCACCAAAACACAACAUAUGCUGGUAUGACCAGCAUGGGAUGCUGGUGCUAAUGCUGGUUUAGCUGGUGCUAAUGCUGGUUUGAUGCUGGUUUAGCUGGUGCUAAUGCUGGUGCUGGUUUGAUGCUGGUUUAGCUGGUGUUCACUAGCAAACCAGAACCAAAACACAACAUAUGCUGGUCUUGCUGGUAUGCUGUUUUUUUCAGCAGGGACAUUACAAUGUGCUUGCACCGUUAUGGUUGCUUUUAUUAUUAUUGUACAAAAUAGGAUUGUGUGAUACUGUUAUUUUCGCUGUGAUGUACAGAUCAUUACUUAAACAAUGGUAUUCAUGUGAUUUUAAUUCUCUUAGUUCACCAGACCUGAUCUUUUGAACUUUGGAAAUGCAUUUAAAUACAUUUUUUAGUAGGUUUAUGGCCUAAACACAAGUUUUCCCAUUUGAUAACUUAGUAGUUGACAAAAAUUUAUCAACAUAUAUCAUACAGGCUUCAUACAGGACUUUACUAGGCUCCAUUACAAAAUUAAAGCUUUCCAGUUCUAUGGGUUAUUUGUAUGUAGUGCAUCUUGUUGAAAUUUGUUUGCAAGAAUGUUAUAUAAAAAAUGUAAUAAAUAAUGCUAAUUUAAUAUUUAAGAGUAUCUGGAUGGCAUUUGGGAGAUUAUAGUGUCCAGAUCUUUUUUUUACAGUCUAUGGUCCAGAUGCUUUUUGAUAAAAAAUAUCCUGACAUCAUAUAAUGACCUGAAAGCCCCAUAGACAUUCAUUUGGAUUGCUUUUUGCCUUAUGGGCCUAAUUAUAGCCUGAUGUUGUUUGUUGGCAUAGUCUGAAUUAACAACAACAUCAAAGGCAAAUAAUGAAUAUUAAUGAAUAGUAAUAGCAAUAAUGAACAUAUUUGAUUUGCCAUAUAAUUAAUUUUAUUUUACAUGUCGAUUUAGAUGUUUAUUUUGUUUAUUAAUCUGUUUUAUGAUAGUCCGUAAUUAACAGUAGUUAGUUUUAGUUUUAUUAUAGUUUGUGAAAUUUCAUAGCAUUGUUCUGUGUUGCUGUAAUUUGUCUUGAAUGACUUGAAUAAUAUGUGUAUAUGUUUGUGUUAUUUAUUUAUAUUUAAUCAAAUCAUUAAUCUUCCAAAUUUAUAUAAGUAACUAUGCCAAAUGGAGCUUGCACAUUCUCAAGUAGAUUAUGUACAGACAGGAUUGAAAUAAAGAAUGUUUACUU